AUGUGCUACCAAUUUGUUGAGCUCUACUCCGCAUGCCGAUGUCUCUACUAUCAGAGCGCGAUCGACAGGUGCUCAGCGUACGGUCGGCCUGGACACAAGGUUCAACAGAGGACCAUCUAUGUCGGCUAUGCAUGCUCCAGCCAUUCAGGGCCCUGCGACGUGGAUUUAUAUAUAAAUUCGGACAUCAAUACCGACAGUGACAUCGAUACUGGCCGUGAGACUGACUCCUCCGCGGCGUCCACAGUCUCCACAGAACUCACCAUACCGGAGGGCAUCAAAGAAGACACCGUCGAGACCCUGUUGCACGAUCUUCUAGUUGAACCUGACCUCCAAUAUCUGUGGCCCCAACUUGUGGGCUUUUCGGGGACAAAGUACCUAGCACGAAGGAUCAUCGCGAAUUUACUUCGACUCUACUCCCAAGAUCUGCGGCAAGAGGGGCAGUCAGUUCUUAAAGUCAAAGCUUCGAGAUUCAUCCGGUCUCGUCGAUACCAGAUUGCUAGACACAUCGUCAAUCGCCACGAAGCUGAGAUUAGGGAAGCCUCCAUCAAACCUGAGGCUCCGGAAACCCAAGUUUCAGAUGACGUCGCCGAACAACCAACCGAAGCAGAAGUAGAAGAAGACGAAGAAACAGAAGCGGAAGAUGACGAAGAUGAAGGGAGGGGUGUUUUAUACCCAGAGAUUCACGAGUUUCUCUUCUGCUCAAUCUCGUUCCAAAACUUCAAGGCUAGUAUCAAGCUUGUUGUGGCGUCAUCGAGCCUUAUUGAGAGUUACACCUCAGUGUUCACAAGCAUGAUUAACAGUUCUCAAACUCACUUUCGCAACCUAUAUGAUAAGUUUUCGGAACCACCCAAAACCCCAAAGCUCACGCGAAUUCGGUGGACUUGUGGUUGUGGUCGGAAUAUAUAUGACGAUUUCACUGAAACGAGACCUGACUCUGUCAAGGAUCUAAAAAACUUCAUUGACAACUACCGCUCUCCUAAUCUAUCAAUGAGCCCGAUGAAAGAUCCCCUUCAGGUCGAUGAUGACGAGAGUCAAAACUCCGACCCAAAUCCGCAACGCAACCGAUUCAUCGUUUCAGAGAUGCUGCGGGCAAUAAAAAAUGCCUUUCAAGCUCAGAGACCUGGCAAGCUACCCAAUGAGGAACCCAGAGGCUCUGGUCAUGAUAUUUUUGGUUGCUCAUCCACGUUGGAAGGGGCAGGACAAGGCCCAAAUCACAACUUUCUCAUUCUUUGCAUCCCCUUUAUGCGAUGGGGCAUCAAGGCUCACCAGCCGGACGUGUGUCGCGUUCGUUCCGAUAGGGAGUUCUUCAGGCUUCUCAGAGCUACCCACUCCGAACACAAUGUAUCGCAUCGGUGGAAGGGUUUGAGACGCGUCUCAUCGAUGCACUUUGUCCAGUUCGAGAUAUUUCGCAAUGAGCUCGUCAAUAUCUGCUCAUCAGCUUCAAUGCCCGGAGCCCAAGCUCAAGCCGAGUAUGAGUAUGAACCAUCCGACACUGAUCCUCCGAUCGGAACGAACAUGCUCCUCCACCUCUUUGAAAAUCCUGAUCACGCAGACGUACUUCCCAUAUUAUUCCGCCGGUUCCCCAAGAAGAAACUACGCAGACUUCAGGCCUGCUCCCAAAAGGGCUAUUCCGUUGGUUGGGGAGUCCAGUUCGUCGAGUCACUCAACGGAUACGCAAUCUUCAUUUGCGGCUGUCUUGGGUUUGCACUGUGUCUCUUGGCGUCGAUCCUCUGGACAGUCCUUAAAAAUGACGUUCAAGGAGGUUUUGCUGUUGGGGCAUUUGUGUUGACUUUUUUCUUAUUCAUUUCAUCCGCCCUACGCUAUGCCGUUUUUUGA